UGGGAGGGAGGUGGGAGCUGGAGGGAGAGGCUGAGGGUGCUCGGGGAAGGGGCUUGUGGCAUGUGGUUGGAGGGAGGGCUGGACUCAGAGCUGUUGUGAGGUGGUAGGAGAAGGUGAGAAUUGGACUUGAGACGCUUCGUGGAGGGAGGUUUUGAAAGUGUUAAAUUGCAAGUGGGAGGGGGCAGGGCCUAGGCGAGAAUUUGGGUGGAAAAGGAGAGAACGAAGGUUUGGGGACUGGAAAGAGUGUCGGUGUGACAAGGCAAUGGGGAAAGUGAGAGACGGGAGGAAAGUUUGGGAGGAAGGGGAAUGGGAUGGGAGAUAGGACAGUGGAGCUGCACGGGUGAUACGGAUUCGGGGGUUUCCCUUCCCUCUGUGGCAAGGAAGAGAGCCAAGUUAAGCAGCAUCACUUGCAGCCAAUUCUAAUUGCCAGGGCCUUAGCUUUUAAUAGGGUGGGAAGGGCAGGAGGGAAUGGUCAUGUGGGUUAGGAGAAUUGGGGUUGAAUGAGGGUUCAACUGGAUUUGCUUUCCAAAAGGCUCUCUAGCUUACUGCUUCCUUGUUUUUCCUGGUUACAGAAAGAAGGGGAAAUGGGGAAGCUGGUGUAGAGUGUGGAGGAGUAAAGGACUUUUCUAGGUUUUAGUCAUUAGCAAUACAAGACUGGGGAAACAGAUGUGGCUAUAUUGGAGCCCUGUAUGCUGAGAAGUCUGAGGAGAAAACAGAAAAGACAAGACUGGCAUCUAGGCAGGCUAAUUCAGAGUCAUUUAGUUUUCAGACUCUUCUUUUGCUCUUUAAGUGCUAGGAGAGAGGGGGUCAAUAUACAUAUAUAGAAAAACGUUCCCUGCUGAGAUGUAGAUGUGUGAGUGGAUGCUGCCCCAGUGGAUAUUUUGUUCUCAUUCUGUGUUAGAGAAAAGGGCAAAGAUAGAAUUUGAAGGAUAGUUCUAGUCUGAUAAAUGAUGGGAAAUAGUGCUUUCUUUGACUGUAACCACUUUCUUCCCAGUUCUCUCUAAAGACGAAAGACAACAAUAAUAUUGUAACUAAAUGGAAUAAAGAAUUGAGAAGAACGGUGAGAAAGUUACCAGAGGGUAAUGGGCUUUCCUGGAAGCUGUCCAAUUUGAGACCUUUCUUGCCAGGAGACAUUGGGACUGGAAAUUCUUAGAGCUGGUAUUAUUUUGUGAAUUGACUAACAGGGAGUUAGGGAAGCUUAAAGGUUUUGUUGUGAGUUGGUUCUUUAUCUUGGAGUGGAUCAAUUUGAUUGAAAUAGCUUUAGGCUUCUUUGAAUUUUUGCGACUGAAAUUGACUAGCACUGUCAAAAUAAAGCUCCAAGUUUGACUCCCUACCCCAUUUGUUUUUGUUUUUCUGCUGGCUUUGAAACUUGUGCUAGGAAGAGACCUGGGAAAUUAAGUUUCUUCCAGAGUGCACUGGGGAUUAUAGCUGCUGAGCAGAGAUUCUGGACAGCAUUGUGUUCCUGAGCCCCCAGCAUGGCGGGGCUAAAGCGGCGGGCAAGCCAGGUGUGGCCAGAAGAGCAUGGCGAGCAGGAACAUGGGCUAUACAGCCUGCACCGCAUGUUUGACAUCGUGGGCACCCACCUGACACACAGAGAUGUGCGUGUGCUUUCUUUCCUCUUUGUCGACGUCAUUGAUGAUCAUGAGCGUGGACUCAUCAGAAAUGGACGUGACUUCUUACUGGCUUUGGAGCGCCAGGGCCGCUGUGAUGAGAGUAACUUUCGCCAGGUGCUGCAGCUGCUACGCAUCAUCACUCGCCAUGACCUGCUGCCAUACGUCACCCUCAAGAGGAGAAGGGCUGUGUGCCCUGACCUUGUAGACAAGUAUCUGGAGGAGACGUCAAUUCGUUAUGUGACCCCAAGAACCCUCAGUGAUCCAGAACCGAGGCCUCCCCAGCCCCCCAAAACAGUGCCUCCCCAUUAUCCUGUGGUGUGCUGCCCCACUUCGGGUCCUCAGAUGUGUAGUAAGCGGCCAGCCCGAGGGAGAGCCACACUUGGGAGCCAGCGAAAACGCCGGAAGUCAGUGACACCAGAUCCCAAGGAAAAGCAGACAUGUGACAUCAGACUGCGGGUUCGGGCUGAAUACUGCCAGCACGACACUGCUCUGCAAGGCAAUGUGUUCUCUAACAAGCAGGACCCACUUGAGCGCCAGUUUGAGCGCUUUAGCCAGGCCAACACCAUCCUCAAGUCCCGGGACCUGGGCUCCAUCAUCUGUGACAUCAAGUUCUCUGAGCUCACCUACCUCGACGCAUUCUGGCGCGACUACAUCAAUGGCUCGUUACUAGAGGCACUUAAAGGUGUCUUCAUCACAGACUCACUCAAGCAAGCUGUGGGGCAUGAAGCCAUUAAGCUGCUGGUGAAUGUGGAUGAGGAGGACUAUGAGCUGGGCCGACAGAAACUCCUGAGGAACUUGAUGCUGCAAGCAUUGCCCUGACCUUUCCCCUUCUAACUUCUCUGGGGACUGUUCCCACCACCUGCCUCUGGAGCUUACAUACAGUUCUGGGGUUUGUUCUCUGCCCUUCCAACCAAUCACACCCCUGCCUUUUUUUUUUUUUUUUUUUUUAAAGGAAAAGACAAAGGAGUGUGGAAGUGGUGUUCCCCAGCCCUCUCCGCACCCAUGUGCCUGGGCUUACCCUGGUCCCCAUUCCCACCUACCCCAAUGUGUGUCUGCAGCCACCUCACCACUGAGCCGUAAGACAAACAUGUAGGGAGAUGCAAAGUCUAUAGGACACAGUCUUUGUAAGGGAUUGAAGUGAACACUGCUUUUGGGUGCAUUGAGGGGUUAUCAAUACUUCUGGCUUUAUGAGGGCUCUUAAAUUUUGUCUGAAAAACCAAAGGGCUGUGAGUAAGGGAGCUGUAUGGAAGGUGGGAUUCGGAAGUGUAUUUUGGAAAUUAAUCACUACCCUCUUCCAAAUUACAGAAUUUUUAAGAAACAGAAGCUGUGGCCCUUUCCACUCUCUCCUGGCCUCUGGUGCUGCUCCUCUCUGCCGCCUUUUCUCCAUUCAAACUGCUACCUGGUGUGGCUCCUUCCUUUCUCCCCUUUGUCAAUCCCUCUUCAAGGGAGUAACGUAAGAGAACUUGGUCAGCCUCAUCACCCCUCCCAACUGUGGGGUGUGCUGUGUGUGUGCACACACACAGGGUGGGUGGUGAAGAGGCUGCUGACUGAAAUACACUCCCCCUAAAAAGGGGAAGGGGACGUGUGACACUUUCCAUGUUCACGUAAAAAUAAAUAACAUACCCUGUA